CCACACUCGCUCGGUCGGGUCUCGCUCGGCUCUGGAGGGAAAGACGGACUAUUUGAUGGAGCGUUAAGUAGCGCUGCAACACACACAUACGCUCUCGUACACACACAGUCAACAGUGAGUCAGUCCGCCGGGAGUAAAAGAGGCGAAUCGUUUACCUGUGUGUGCUAUCACGGAAUUAAACUGAACCCACUUCAGCCGGGAGGCGACUUUUUAAAAGCGAGAAUAUUCCUCACCACGGACUUUUUAUUCCCGUCUGCUUUCCAAGCGAAGUGAACCUGCUCUUCCCCUCCGGCACAUUUCGGAACGACCAUGGCCGGACAAGACGCCCUAUCAAGUGGACAAGUCUUCGUCAAAUUGCUACUUUUAUUCCUGGCUUCAACACUUUUACCGCACGGGGUGUUCGGUCAGCAAGUGAAAGUGGAGCCCGAGGUGACCUCUUACCCUGGGCAAACAGUCAACUUAAUUUGUACCUUCACAGACACUAAUAAGAUUCAGAUCACAAUGGUCACCUGGAUCUACGAGCCCAAGGAGGGGGAGCGGACAAACAUUGCCGUAUUACACCCCAGCUACGAUCCCAACUACCCCGAGUCGCCGCUCAAGGACAGGGUCAGCUUCAUGGAGAGCCCCCCCAACGUGGCCAGCCCUUCCAUCCAGAUCAGCAAUGUUCGCAUGACUGAUGAGGGGAAGUACAUCUGCGAGUUUGCGUCCUACCCCAGUGGACACAAGCAGGGAGUCACGCAACUGGUUAUGCUCACAAAACCCCAGAACUCUGCAUCUGCCUUAACUGUGGAAGCGGGCCCCAAACCUACGGCGGUGGCGCGCUGCGAAUCCCUCAACGGCCGCCCCGCCGCACAGAUACGCUGGGUGACCACGGCCAAUGGCAACGCCACCACGACAUCCAAGCAGGGCCAGGACAACACUGUGUCUGUCACCAGCGAGUACCGUGUGGCUCCCACUGCGGCAGACAACGGCAAAGAUAUCAGUUGCAUUGUUUCUCAUCGGACGCAGACAUCGCCGGAAAGCUUCCAGAUGAAACUCAAAGUUUUAUACGCUCCCCAGGUGACAAUUGUGGGUUAUGACAAUAAUUGGUACGUAGGCCGUACAAAUGUGCUGCUCACCUGCCAGGCUGCUGGAAACCCAGUACCGACGACAGUCCUUUGGAAGUCUAUGACAGGAGCGAUGCCUGAUACGGUGCAAAUCAAAGACAACCAGCUGAAGGUACUGAAGGUGGACGAGGCCGUCAACACCACUUUUGUCUGCGAGGUCAAGAACCGCGUCGGGACCGGCAGGGACCAGGUCACUGCACUUGUCAGAGAGCCUACAGUGAAUCCGUCCAAUGCCGGCGUGGUGGCGGGGGCUGUGAUCGGCUCCCUGCUGGCUCUGCUUUUGGUGGCCGCGCUGGUCGCCGUGCUGGUCACUCGUAGCCGCCGCCAGCAACAGGGCUACCGCGCCAAAGGCGGCAGCGACUUGAAGGCGCGCAUAUUCGGUGGCGGCAAGACAGCCAACAAGAACGGCACGGGCGGCGUCGGCGGCAACAACAACGGCCCAAUAUAUGUGUACGACGACGGCUCGGCCAACCAGGGGGAGAAAAACAACCACGGGCCCCUCACUAUCGGGGGCCGGCCCGAGGUAGUCGCCGGCACUCCCACAGCCCAGGACAUCCUACUUAGCAGCGAGCUAGACGACGCCGAGAGGCGGAAGUUCGACGAGCUGGAGGAGGAGGAGCGGUACGACCACUUCUCCGGUGUCGCCCCCAUCCUGCAGCUACGCCCACCCAACGAGCAGGAGGAAAUGAUCGGGGUAUACCUAGACGACGACAUGGAGUCCCAACGGGAUGGCUCGGUCAUCUCUCGGACUGCUGUUUACGUAUAAAGCAGAAACGAGAAGUAAAGAAGCGUUGAGGAGGAGUCCCGGGAAUAUUUUGUGCCUCCGUCAGAUAGAUAGAGAAGGAAACCACUCUUAUUUUAAAACAAAAAUCAUGUAUUUUCCAUAUAUGCUAUUAUUAAGUGUAGCCCCAAUCUGGACUGGAAGAGGACAUUGUUGUGUAGUGUUGUGAGUGGAGUUUUGCUGUCUGUUUCACGGUCUAUCACAGAGAUGGAAGAAAUCAUGUCGUGGCCAAAUGACAUCAAAACUUUAGAAAAUUCACUCUUAUUCGCUCCGUGACGCAUCGCAAUUGUCACACAGUAUGCUCGGCGUUCUCAGGUCUCCUGUAGAAAACCGUGUUUUUUUCACCCCCGCUUUUAGUAAUCUGUCGUACUGUAACGUGCGCCGGGUGGGUUAGUCGCUCAUGAUGGGUUUUGAAGGCACCAAAUCUUUAAGAUUUGUGUUGGUUGACAUCUGUUUUUUUUUUUUUUUUUUUUUUUUAAGUCCCGUGCUCCAUAGUCUGCAGCUAUCGGUUUGAUUAAUUCAAACUGGAAGUAGACGUGAAGCCAUGAACUCAAAGGUUGACUCUUUUGAUUCUGUGGAUUUUGUAAUAUAACACUCAACUUUUAAAAAGGAAUCUACUACGGGGGUCCUCAGUUAACCCCGGGAUAGAUAUUUCACGUUUUGAGGUUACGAACGGCACCUGAUUAACUCAUUUGUACAGCGAUGCAAGAAUAAUCCACCACAUAUUCUUACGCCAGAGGCCGUACUUAUUCUUUGUGUGAUUGAAUCGUUCGGCCUCGAAAGAACUAAAAAGGAAAACUCUACUGCCCAUUCAUUUUAAGUGCUCUCUGCGUGUGUAACAGCUGAGCCUUUAUUCCGAGUCCUGAUACCGCCAUAUGACAUGUUGCUUUCAUCACGCUUCUGUCUGUCCAUUCACAUAAAUGCCUAACGCAGAACAAAAUGACUUGAGCCUCGCAGCCACGGGUCUUUAUGUGCUGUAUAAACCCGAGCGCUUUUUGGCUAUGAAGCGCUGACACAGUGUUCACAUGCAAAACCGUCAUGCCGUGCGCCGCCAGCUAAAAGGUAGACGGUAAACAAGAGAGUGACGGGAGUGAGGCGUAGUCGAGUUGACGGGGUCAAGGGGGACGAAAGGAGUCCGGGGAAUGGCAGAGGGGAGCGUCCGGUCACGAGUGUUCCUGACAGGAGGAACUUGAUUGCUAAUGAAGCGUGAAGACGCUUAGCUAGGACCAGCAGAUUGUCACCACUUUAUGACCUGGCCUCUGUAUUUAAUGUUACAUUUUUUUUGCGUUUGUGACCACUGUGAUUUAGACUAGGGCGGUUUUCAGGUCACGGACACUUGAUGUGUCAAACAAGCCCACUUAGACUUUUCCAUUCUGAUGCGGCCUGACACGGCAGCACUGACGAAUCCACCUGCGGCAGCCCUCCGCCGCCUAACGGUAGCUUGACGGAUGGCGCCAGGCAUCGGCGCAUUUGCAUCUAUAGAUUUUCCUCUGAGAUCAUGCAAUAUUUUUCUCCAUUAGCGGAUGCCGUUAAGUGUGGAGAAUUGAUUGGGGGACAUAAAAGCUUUGCCUCGGCCGGCGGAGUUAUAUUGACUAACAGGCAACACGCGGCAAAAUGGCCCUUUAUGAUGCAGCUCCAGGCCUGAUUGUCUCCUGACUGUUAAUUCAUCUCGCUAAUGAGCCACGGGAGGCCCUCCCGGGCGCUCCCUUGCUGCGUCUGUACUUGCCGUUUAGUCACCGUAUCGGCCGCAUCGUGAAUUUUCCUGACCUUCUGAUCAGCUUCUUUUUUUCAACGCCAUUGGCAAAUGAGUCUGUACGGCCCAGCAGAGUCCUGCUGCACGCCGCCGUUCGUCAGGUCAAACGCUGGCUAAAGUGCUGCCGAAGGCAGCGGUGACUAUAUUCGCGCUUUUAACCUUGACUAACGGAAGAGACCUUGUUUAGCCUCUCGGGUACGUAACCUUCUUGAAGGCAGAGAGGGGACGAUGAAAGAUUUUUUUAGACAUCUGUUAUUCGAGGAAAGGCUUGGCAUCUCAGUAAGGCUAUUUACAAACUGCAGGGUGAUUCAGAUUUUUUUGUGCGUUUUUUUUUUUUUUUAAGCCGUUAGGGCUGGCAAUCGGGACCCCCAAUUUUUUUCAUUAUCUGAUCAUGAUUUGUUUUUCCUUUUAAUUGGUAGUUUUUAUCAAAUGACGUCAACCAUUGUACAGUAUGUUAGCAUUAAGCUAGCUGGCUUUCAAAAAGUUAUUUGUAUUUCUGUGCACAAUCAUAGACUUCACUGUCAGUUGACGGGAAACUGGACGCGCGGCCUCUCUGUAGAGGGGCUAUUUUCACAGACUUAAAUUAUUUUCAAAACCAAAGCCGCUAGCGACCUAAAACCAAAACAGGCACUUCCCUGAAGCAUAUAUGAGUUGAGCAGCGGCAUCAAAAAUUCAGUUAUUACCGAAUAAAUUCUUGAUUAUUACUUAUAUAACAAAACUUAAAAUAGCUAUAAAAUUCUCAGAUUGUACGCUAGAUGCAUAAAAUCACCAAAUGCAGAGAUAAUCACUGAUAUUUUCAUGAUCAAUAGCACUUUUUUUAUUUAGUGCAAAUUUUGAGUUUUCUAAAGUUAAUGAAUCACUCAAUUUUCACAUCAGAAACUUAAUACUUGAUGAAAGCAUGCAUAACCUUCUUAAUGUUACUCAACAAAAGCAAAUUUUGCAUUUUUCUAUAUGCAAUCACAACUCAUUUAGGUUGAAUUCAGAUGUCACUAUUGCCUCAGCACAUUUUGCCGGCUAUCUGGCCUUCGUCAUGUUUAGAGUGAAAUGUUACAUAAGAUGAAACACGUAAAGGCAUAAUUUUUUUUUAAUGGAUGCAGAAAUGUCUAAAUUACUAGUUUUUUCUUUUUUUGCCAAAAAACAGGCAGUUGGCCAAAAAUUACCUGAUUAUUUGAAUGUAAAAUAUACACUAUUGUGUAUGGAUACAAAAUCCAACGUGGUGGCCAUCACCAAACAGAGCUUUUUAAGUUGAAAAAUCUUGUAAAUAAAUGCGUCAAUUCCAGAAUUUCUAUAGAUAUGAACCUGAAACAGUGUAGAUUCUUGGUUAAAGAAUCAGUUAUCAUUAAUGUGACGUGAACAUUUCAAGCUAAAGCUCCGCUAAGUUUUUCCAUUUUUUUUCCCCACGUUUCCAAGUGCAUGUAUGGUGCUAUUUUAUAUAAUAAUUACCUUGAAUCCUCGACCAAAUCACUCUUGAGACACUCCUGCCUGCUUGUAUGCACUAAAACUUUCGUCCUGUUUUCCCUAAAUCUGGCCUUAGAACGCAACGUGUGUUGCCACAUCGCUCAGCCUGGCCUGGCGUAUGGGAAGCCGUGGCUCAAUGUCUGGAGGCACAGUCUCGUCUACUGAUAGUGAAGUCUAUGGCACAAUAUAUGUAAUUUUCUUUGUGCGCUUUACAGUUGACCUCACUUUUGAGUGUAAUGAACCUGUAAAUCAUCUACAUUGGACUAUUUUUGAGUGACUGUUCAAAUUCUGCAAAAUUUAUCAGUUUGCAUCUCGUAAACACUGACACUGCUGAUCACAGAGAGUGAUUGGAAAAAAAUAUUCCAAACUUUGAUCUUGAUCUUAAAAUCACAUUACCCUAGCAGUUGUUCAUAUUGAAAAACAAAUGCGACUUUUUGGUGAAUAGAACACGUCGGUUAGUGACAUGCGCACAAAAUAUGUCGUCAUGUGUUGCAGUGUGUUCACAGCAGGUCUCAGAUUUUUCAAUUUUGUCCAAUCGGAGUCCAGAGUCAGAGUCUUGCUAAUAGCUUAAAACAUGGCAUCAAGAAAAGUACUUUCGGUACCUUUGUCCGCCGUUGCUUGUCCAGGCCUGACGUUUGUUUUGUGGAACUGUGUUAACGGCUUUUUCCUGUUGAUGAUGUAUACGUUUACGGUUGAGUGUUUAUGCUGCAGGAGCGUCACAUAAGCCCCUUUCACACAUACCUAAACACCAUCGAAAUCCGGGGAUUUUAACGGGGAGCCCUUAUGUGUGAAAGCAAUUUCCUCGGUCGACUGACACUGAGAUAAUGCAGACAUUUACUGAGUCGCCUCUUAGUCUAAUGUCCGGGACUUUCCCCGGUAUGUGUGAAAGCAGACGUCAAAUUCCCGGGACACAGCACGAUGGCUGAUGACGUAAAUAUCACAGCGGGCCGAUCGUCAUUUCCUCUUCGCAGUAAGACGAAAAGCGGUAAACGAACAUCGCAGUUAUCAACAUGGCAAACUGGAAAUAGCAAAAUAAAACUGAAAACAACGAAAUUAAAAUUGCUACUGGAUCGUAGAGCCGAGAGUCCAUCUUCCAUUUUUGGUUUAUUUUGUCGCCGAUGCCGACAAAAAAAUGACGUAAUGUCUGGGUUAUAAGAGAGAGAGAGUGCCGAGUCGGCAACAUGGGAUAAGUCUGUGAAAGUGUCCAACCCGCGUUGUUCUCGUGAUAUCUCUAUGUGUGAAAGCAAUGACGCGGGUAAAUCCCGCAUUACCUUACACGGGAAUUUACCAGGAUAUAAGUCUAAAAGGGGCUAGACGUAUCUGAUUUAGUAUAUCCAGACACAAAGGAGGCCCAGUUCAAAUUUAAAAAUAUUGGAUUUACUGUUCACAUGGCAUGAAAAAAAAUCAAAAGUGUGUUACAGAAAGAAUUGGAAACUGAUCUGAUGUGUAAACAUAGCCUAAAACAAAGGUGACCAAUAAUUUCGCUUGUGUUAGAAUCAGAAAAACAGGAAGUACAGUGAUAGCUGAGUGUGCCUUAUAGUACUGUGAUCACAUUUACACGUUGCUGCGCUAAAUAUUUCAUUGCUCGUUCUUCGUAACCUCGAAACUUUGUGUGGCGGGAACCUCAAACUGAGGAUUCCCCGUACUGUAGCACAAAAUCACAUCUCUCGGUGAGAAAGGAACUAAAGCAAAAGAUAGAACCCGUCUGACUCUGACAAACGUCAGUGUUGCCACUACAGGUAGUCCCUGGUUUACGAACAAGUUCCGCUCCUGCGCUGGCAAUGUAACCCAGAUUUCCACGUAUCGGAAUUAACCCUAUAAAUACCUCUACAUUAAAAUAUAUUACACGUGAAAGCACUGUCCUCGCCAAGACGAUGGAGCAAAGUCUAGCGAGACAGUGAGCAAAGCUCCGAAAAGUUGAUGUCAGAUGUCCGUGUGGUUUGCUGACUUUAUUCAGCUGCUCGUGACCGAAACACUUGCAGAAUGAAACUAAAAUAAAAUAAAAUGAAAUAAAAUCAGGGGCUGUUUACACGGUGACUCUCUGAGAAUACGAAAAAUUUCAAAUUUGCAUUUAUAUGGUUCAGUCUCCAUUCGUACAAUGUCACAAUUCUGCAUGAAAACGAUGUAGUAUUCAUGCCAGGCCCUAGGGGGCAGUGCAGAUUUACAAGGUGACAGCGAAUUAUGCACUUUGACCCCACCAAGCUCCUCAGCCCGGAAAAAAAAACAUGCCCGCCCACUCCAAGCAAUGGCAUUUUUGUUUUGCUCCAAAAGGCACAAAAAAUGGAAACAUUCAACAUAUUUAAAUUUAAAAAUAUUAUUAAAAUGGUCAAUUAAAGCAGACGUUCCGCCAUUUGCUGUUUUUAAUGUUUAAUAGCACCGCUGCGCACGCCCAUGUGACGUGUGCGAGUGCUUGCGAGUGCUUACAUCAAAGAAGCGAAGGCGGUUUCCAUUCGUAUGAAUGUGCUGCGACCCCCAUAAUCGAAUUCUUCCACUUUGGAGGCAGGAUUCAGAAUUUUUCGUCUUUGCCGACACCAUAUGCAUGCAAGGCCAUUAGUCAUUGCGUCUUCAUGUCGCAGAGUCGCCAUGUAAACUGCCCCUCAGUCUCAUCUUCAAUAAAAGCAAUUCAAGUUUGCUUUUACAAGUAGUUGCUGAUGCGGCAAUAAGAAACGAUUAGCAUGUCUCAAUUAGCGUCCCCACAUCAUCAAUAAACACAUAAACUCGCCCCAAGUAUUCGACCACAAUUGAAAACCCACAAUAAACAGUACAAAAAGGGGUUAUAUACAGUGGUCGCCUCUGGAUGCUUCACAAGCAACAAAUGUGCACGCAGGCUGUCACCUCUGUCUCUUGGCUGCUUUCUAUGUGCGUGGAGGCCGGGCGCAUCUUUAAAUGUGCUGGCUUCCUGUUCCGUGCUUCCUGCGCCAAAAUAAAAGCAUGCAUUACAAAACAAAAGUCAACAUUAAGAAAAAAAAACAGAAAUGACAAGACGCAGGCCUCGUAAAAUCGAAAUGGUGUUAGUCGGGUCUGUCGUAACACGGGGCCUACCUGUAUUUUUAUCAGCGACCAAUUGGAGGACACUUUGUCCAGAGUUAAAUUCACGAAUUGUGGCCUGUCAGUAAUGGGGAUGUCCCGAUCGGAUCACGUGAUCUGAAAUCGGGCCGAUGGCGCCGUUUUUCAGAGGAUUGGAAUUGUAUGAGAAGAUUCGGGUUUUUAAUUAUAUUUGUUUUUCUGCUUCAUGCUUGUACAGCGUCACAGCCUCUCAACAUCCCUCCUGCUAAGCAGUGCGGCCAAACUGUCCAGCUUGUGUUUGGUACUUAAAGUUGACUAUGAUUGACAGGUUUGUAGCUUUAAUCUUGCCAGAGAAGCUAUGUAGCUCUACGAUCAAAGGCAGAAAUCUGUCAAUUAUCGUUAAACCUGCUUAAGUGUGCUGUGGCAACUCGUUUUGGAAGUGAGAGGUUGUACCCUGCAGCGUAAGUGGACUCACUCAAUGAAGCAUUUAAUAUAGGCAAGCAUUUUUCUACGUUAUUCUUGUUAAGAAAAAUUUACAUUUUGACUGUUGGAGAGUAACAUGUUUGGAAUUUCUGGAAGUUCGGCAGAUUCUAAAAAUCAGGUGACUCGUGUGCAAAAAUAUAUGAUCGGGACAUCCCUAGUCAGUUAUGCUUCUUUUUAAAAAGCCCAACACACAAAUACGGGAAAAUGAGAUUACCACGACCCACCCCAAAGUAGGAAAAAAAGUAAAAAAAAAAAAAAAAAAAUAGAAAUAUUUUUGCACUUGUGUGUGUGUGUCAUUGCUGCAAAAAGAAAUGUGCUCUUAAUGUUUGAUGUCUGGGGGGUGCAAAUUGCGGCGGGCGGGCCAAAUGCUCCAGCUCUGUACAGUUUUUGGUCUUGAGGGUGUUUUUGUGUAUACUAUAAAUGUGAGCAUCUUUAUUUUUAUUGUGAAAACAAACAAAAAAAAGUGCAUAUUUAUGAAAAUGUAAAUACCAGCCAGACGGAGCCCAUGUGGCGCGGUGUAAAGGCAGUCCUUGUGAAUGUACAUCUUUACUGAAAUGAAUAGCACGGUGGGAUUAUAUGUUUGCUGAAUUUACGCGCCUCUUUCCACAAUUCCACACAAUAAGCACACUGUUGUUUUGCACAGUUGGCUCUCUGAGGGGACGAGGUGAACCUCUUAAGACGCACACAGUUACAAUUUACCAACUAGCGACGUGAGUUGCGAGUAAACUUUUGCAAUCAAGUAGGAGUGGGGUUUCCGUCGGCCAACCUUUUAUUACAGUACGGGAAAACAUACAAAAACAAUUGGCAAAGCGAGCUUGUUGUACGUCGUCACCGAGUUGCAUUCGCCCACUCGCAAACGCCCCGCAGCCGCUCUCAUUAUGCUCAACUCCCACAGCCAAACUGUGCUGAAGAAGCCUCAUACCUGCCAUAGCCUGACACAGGCCCACACACACAAACAUAAGGGGGAAAAAAACACUUCUUCCUCCUUCUUUGCACAUUAUUCUGUCAAGGCGCGUAUUCUGUAUAUACCCGCUAGUUUGGAAAGAGUCCGAUUUGUCUCCUGCGCUCUGUUGCUUUCCAUCACCGAAGUAGUCCAGCCGUUGGCUGAAUCAUUCGGAAAGCCUCCGUGCACUUUUUCACCCCUGCUCUUUUUUUCCGAGAAGUGGUUUGUCCACUCCACUGUACAUCUACACUGGAAGUCUGUACGGUGGGGCAAAUAAGUAUUUAGUCAACCACCAAUUGUGGAAGUUCUCCUACUUGAAAAGAUUAGAGAGGCCUGUAAUUGUCAACAUGGGUAAACCUCAACCAUGAGAGACAGAAUGUGAAAAAAACAAAAAACAAAAUCACAUCACAUUUUUAAAGAAUUUAUUUCCAAAUUAGCGUAGAAAAUAAGUAUUUGGUCACCUACAAAAAAGCAAGAUUUCUGACUGUCAAAGAGGUCUAACUUCUUCUAACGAGGCUCCACUCGUUACCUGUAUUAAUGUCACCUGUUUUAACUCAUUAUUGGUAUAAAAGACACAUGUCCACAACCUCAGUCAGUCACACUCCAAACUCCACUAUGGCCAAGACCAAAGAGCUGUCGAAGGACACCAGAGACAAAAUUGUAGACCUGCACCAGGCUUGGAAGGCUGAAUCUGCAAUAGGUAAAACACUUUGUGUAAAGAAAUCAACUGUGGGAGCAAUUAUUAGAAAAUGGAAGACAUACAAGACCACUGAAAAUCUCCCUCGAUCUGGGGCUCCAUGCAAGAUCUCACCUCGUGGCGCCAGAAUGAUAAGAACGGUGAGCAAAAAUCCCAGAACCACACAGGGGGACUUAGUGAAUGACCUUCAGAAAGCUGGGACCACAGUAACAAAGGCUACUAUCAUACCCUUUUCCCACUGGCCAAAAAACCCAUGUCAACCCACUAACAAUCGGCUUUUGGUGGCAGUGGGAAAGAUGCAGCGACCCGCCUCGACCCGUGUCAAUCAACCCGCCAAGCGACCCGCGUUAAAAUCACCUCGGCUCUGAUUGUCAUGCAGUGUGAAAGCAAAACCCCGGGUCAACAGUCAACACCCUAAUCUACGUGGUGACGUAGGCUCUUACGUGAUGCGUCAUAACAACAUGCCAGUCGCCUCCCAUUUAACACGCCCCCCAACUGUAGUUACGUCGAUGCUCAUAACAAAACUAGUAGAAGAAGAAGAAUUCACGUCGCCUAUGUUGCCUCAGCACAAGCAAAGUGUUGAUCCUUUGCUGCAUUUCGAUCAUUUUGAGGGCAGUAAAAAGCAUGAAAAGAGAGAACACAAAAGGAAAGGAGGGUUCCAUAUUGCUCUGCAUUGUUUACUUCCUUGAACUGAAUGAAUUCGGUCGCACUUGUCGACGCGCAUUUUAGCGUGGUGACGUCACGUAACCUUACGCAUGGCUGAGGAGGGGUGGGGGGUUAGACGGGUGGGGAAAAAAAAAAAGACAGAUUUUUUUUUUGUCAAUGGGAAAGGUGCCAAAUGCCAAUUGCUAGUGGGUUGCAUCGGCUUGGAAAAAACACGCGUUGACCCACUAGUUUCAGUGGGAAAGGAGCAUCAGUAACACAAUGCGCCGCUAGGGACUCAAAUCCUGCACUGCCAGACGUGUCCCCCUGCUGAAGAAAGUACACGUCCAGGCCCGUCUGCGGUGCGCUAGAGAGCAUUUGGAUGAUCCAGAAGAGGACUGGGAGAAUGUGUUAUGGUCAGAUGAAACCAAAAUACAACUUUUUGGUGGAAACACAGGUUCUCGUGGAGAAAGAAUAAUGAAUUGCAUCCGAAGAACACCAUACCUACUGUGAAGCAUGGGGGUGGAAACAUCAUGCUUUGGGGCUGUUUUUCUGCAAAAGGACCAGGACAACUGAUCUGUGUAAAGGAAAGAAUGAAUGGGGCCAUGUAUUGAGAGAUUUUGAGUGAAAAUCACCUUCCGUCAGCAAGGGCAUUGAAGAUGAGACGUGGCCCAAAACAUCACUGCAGAGAUCUGAAGAGAUCUGCAUGGAGGAAUGGGCCAAAAUACCAGCAACAGUGUGUGGAAAAACUUGUGAAGAGUUAGAGAAAACGUUUGGCCUCCGUUAGGGUACAUAACAAAGUUUUGAGAUGAACUUUUGGUAUUGACCAAAUACUUAUUUUCCACCAUGAUUUGCAAAUAAAUUCUUUAAAAAUCAAAACAAUGUGUUUUUCUGUUUUUUUCCCCACAUUCUGUCUCUCAUGGUUGAGGUUUACCCAUGUUGACAAUUACAGGCCUCUCUAAUAUUUUCAAGUGGGAGAACUUGCACAAUUAGUGGUUGACUAAAUAUUAUUUGCCCCACUGUACAUGGACACCAGUUUUUUGAGGUUAUUUUUUUUUAAUUACCCAAAAUAGUCACAUGUCCUCUAAAAUAAAACAGUCAAUGCACAGAAUUUGCUUUCGUGGGCCAGAUCUGGUCCCCGGGUUUGACACCAGUGGCUUACGCUCAGACACUGCAAUGUUGAUAGCUCAUGUGAAGAUUUUUUUUAUUUUUUUUAAUUUGCUAAAAGCUAGUGGUUUUGGGGAUUUGCCGACAAUUCGAAAACUAAGAAAUGGGUGAUAUAUAAUUUCCCCCAAGAAAACUGAACAUAAAUGUGAAAUCCAGUCCAAUCAUUACGACUGAACAUUCACACAAUAGCAGUUCAGCCGGAACGAACGAUGCAUCGUAAUAUUGAUAUUUUGUCCGACCCUUAGUAGAUACUCAACUUGAUUUGCAAGUUAGUCUGCUAGCUACUCAUCUGCUAUUCUUGGAAUUGAUAUUCAAUAUUUACACCCGACCGACAGAUAUCAUUCUACACUAAAUUAUAAUAUUGAUACUUCAUCCCACCCGGCAGCCACUAGCAACUCUUUUAAUGGCAUCCCUAUUUGAUGUACUACUUCUGUAGUGCGGCAGUAAGUGAUAAGAAGCAGCAUGAUAUUGACAUUUUGAGCUCCACUUGCCAUCAGUCAGAUAUAUAAAAAUUCCUCAUUGUUAAUUAAAAAAAUUCACAUCAUAAUAUACACAACAGAAGCAUCCACACCGACGUCUCCAACUGUUUGAAUUGUCAGCAAACGUCCUGUGAUAUUACAAAGCCUUAACAUCCUUCAUCUCACCUUGGGGAAAAAAAAACAACAAAUAAUCAUUCCUGUGUAAAUAGUAUAAAUAUAUAAAUAUGUAGCAGAGAAGAGGAAAAAAAGCAAAGUACUAAUUUAUGGUGUCACGUUUUGUGUAUCGCUCAAUGACGGCAACGCAUGAAGGAUUUAUUUUCAUUUGCUGUUUUCAGUGCUUUAUAAUUUAAACAGUUUUUCUUUGCGAGUGCUUUAUUCCCGACUGGCGUGCUGUGAUUGCUGCCAAAACGCCGGCAAAUAUGCUUCGUCGUCUAUACAAUUUGAAAUGUACACACGCAGCAGAACAACUCUUAUUCCGAAAUGUGCUUUUUAUCGACUGCUCUGUGAAAGUUGUUUUUCUUUGUUUUCACUCGAUGCUUUUUUUUUUUUUUAAUUUGUAUUUUUGAAAAUGGAUUUUCAAGCAGCUGAAGAAUGGAGAGAGAAAAAUUCAAGCAGGUGAAUUAGACUGGUUCCCACUGCUUCUGUCAUGUCUUGAUUUUUUGUACUUGGUUGUUAUUAUUAAAGAUUUGUUGAUUUUUGAAGUGUUUCACAUUUUGGUGUGUCUCUUUACUGCAGCUAAGAUUGAUGCAGUUUUGAAGUAGGGUUUCUUUCCUGGUGUUAUUUACGGUAUAGCCAUGCCUCUUUCACCCACUUUCAGUGCCAUUGACGGCAAUAGGCGUCCAAUCAUGUGGCUCUUUUCAUCUGUCUGAUGUGAAUUUCAAUUAGUUUUAGUUGUAGACAUUCCAAAAUAACAGGAAGGACUGGCAGUUCAUUCGUUGCCAGCCCUCCUAGUUCAAAUUUAUUGGAGGUCUAUUCCCGUCAAUGAGUUAAAUAGACCCAUACACAGGGGUGAAAGUGGCUAGAAUUUUUUGCCGGAACUCCCAGACAAAAAGGUCGCCACAGAGCCAGAUUUCUUUAUUUAUUUCUUGAUUUAUUUGCAAACCUCCUAAAACGAGGUUGCGAAACAAAAACAACAAAAAAUAGCUUUUACACAUGCUUUGGGCGACUGCAUUACCCUGUUACCAGGGGUUAAUUUGUGCCGGAACAUGUUCCGGUACCUCUUGAUUUUACACUCGACGUGUUCCGGGACUUCUUUGGUCCGUUCCGGCACCUUUUGAGUGUAAAUAUUCAUGAUAAUAAUAUGCCAGGUAUUUUAGAGGAGAGCGUAAAGCGACAAUCGUCUCCUUUAAUGCUGGCGCCCUCUUCAGUACAUUACGCCACGACUUACGGUAGUUUGAGACACGGAGCUUACAUUAAAUAACACUGGAAACCAACCACCACUCUAAAGUCAUGGUUUCCCAAACUUUUCAUCGAGCAUUUGGCCUUAACAGAAAACAGUUGCUUUAAAUUGUAACACUUGCUAGGUGAAAGCUUGGCAGCGAAAAUAACACAGGAACCUUGACGCUUUUUACCCCCUCAUUUUAUUCUUCUUUCCGCCACCCUAAUGCAAAACAAACAAGUCACUGGCGGGCGGCUAUGCAGUCCACCAAUCGGAGCGUCGUGCUGGCGCACCAAUAAGAGCCCAUAAUAUUAUAUAAAAUUUUUUUUUUUUUUUUUUUUUUAAUUCAUAAAAAAAUAAUAAUGUGCAUAAAUUCAUUUACAGAAAAAAAUCCCAACAAUUGUAUGCUGUU